CAACCAGCAAUCACAGCAUACAGUCCGCUGAUGGAGCAACUAGCAGAAGAGUUUGAGAAGCUCGAGCAGAGAUGCAAUGCCUCUAAAUCCACGGAGAGCGUAGAGAAGUGUAUCGAGCUGCUGAUGGAAGCGAAGGAGGCUAUCGAAGCGGAUCCGGGGAAUGCACAGGCGACGGUUGCACAGCUGAAAAAGCAGUUAAGUGUAAUCACGAGUCGGAUGAACGAAGACAUGAAGAAAGUCUACAACGGGCUCGGAAAGUACGGGAAAGCGAUUGACAAGACCUUCAAAGCAAACCUUGACCUUGUCAACAACGAACGUGCAUUCGAGGGAAAGGAGCACGUCGUGAACGAGACUAUUGCUAUGCAUUUCGUACGACAAGGACAGUUUGGGUUGGCGAAUACUGAUGUACAGGAAGCAAACAUCGAUAUCAAACCAGAUGUACAAGCACGAUUUGAGGAGAUGUACCGGAUCCUCGAAGCACUACGACAAAAACAGCUUGAACCCGCAAUAACAUGGUCAUCCACACGCCGUCCUUACCUCGACCAACACGGCUCAAACCUCGAAUUCGACCUCCACCGCCUCGCUUUCAUCCAACUUUUCACCUCCGGACAAAUUCCUGAAGCACUCGUCUACGCUCGAACACAAUUCCCCACAUUCUCGACAAGGCAUUUACCCGCAAUACAAAAGUUGAUGUGUGCAUUCGCAUACGCAAGAAAUCUCCGGAACUCGCCGUAUGCGUCCCUCUUCUAUGCCGAGACGAUGUGGGAUGACAUACAAUCCCUUUUCCGACGGGAAUACUGCGAAUACCUCGGUCUCGGCGCCGACUCGCCUCUGAGCACAACUGCACACGCCGGCGCCCUCUCCCUCCCAACCCUCGUCAAAAUGACAUCCCUCCUCAAGACCCCCUCCACCAUCUCCACCACCGCCCCCUGGAAAUCUGCCCCCUCCCUCCCCAUCGAGAUCCCGCUCCCAAAACAAUACCUGUUUCAUUCGGUUUUCACGUGCCCUGUGAGUAAGGAACAAGCAACGGAGGAGAACCCGCCGAUGAUGAUGCCGUGUGGGCAUGUUGUCUGUAGGGAGAGUUUGGGGAGGUUAAGUCGUGGUCAUGCGGUUAAGUUUAAGUGUCCGUAUUGUCCGAGUGAGAGUGUUAGUGCUGAUGCGAGGAGGGUGUGGUUUUGAUGAGAUUGUGGUAUUUUCUGGGCUGGUUUGGGUAUAGGUACGGUGUUUCGUUUGGAUUUCUU